ACCCCAGUGCUUGGUGAUGACGGGAUACCCCAACUCCCGUCCGGCUCUGCUCCACCUGGUCCACGCCUUCACCAAGAACGUGGGCCUGAUGAUCUGCGGCCAUGUGCGCACGGGCUCCAGAAGACCCAACUUCAAAGAGCUGUCCAACGACCAGACGCGUUACCAGCGCUGGCUGCUGAAAAACGAGACCAAGGCUUUCUACACCCCUGUGUUUGCCGACGACAUGAGACAGGGCACCCAGUAUCUGUUACAG